AUGAGUAAAGUACGACCAACAACAUUAUCUGAGUUUGUUGGACAAGAAGAAUUAUUGGGAGAUCUUGGAAUUUUGCGUACAUUAAUGCAACAAGAUCAAGUUCCUUCUAUGAUUCUCUGGGGUCCUCCUGGAUGUGGAAAGACAACAGUGGCCCGUAUUGUGUCUAAAAUGACCAAGAGUCGGUUUAUUGAAAUGAGUGCGACAUCAAAUGGCACAGCCGAUGCAAAGAAGGCAUUUGACGAUGCAAAAAAUUAUAUGAAGUUGAUGGGUGGAAAGACAAUCGUGUUUGUGGAUGAAAUACAUCGUUUUACAAAGGCACAACAAGAUGUUUUCUUACCGGCCGUUGAGCAAGGGACUAUUCGAUUGAUAGGAGCAACUACCGAAAACCCAAGUUUCAAAGUCAAUUCAGCACUCUUGUCUCGUUGCAGAGUAUUUGUUCUCAAGCAGUUAACCGAAGACCAACUUUUGGAGAUCUUAAAACGAGCAGUCAAAAGCUGGAGAGACAAGGGAAAUAAAGAAAACCCAAUCCAGAUCUCACCCAAGGACAGGCAAGCCGAAGAAAAAGCUCUCAGGACAUUGGCUAGCAAUAGUGAUGGUGAUGCUCGCAAUGCCUUGAAUACUCUUGAAAUUGCUUUGAGUGUCUUGCCUUCCAAAGGUAGUUUAUUGAGUUCAGAUACGGUAAAAGACGCUUUUCAAAAAUCACAUUUACUCUAUGACCGUAAUGGGGAGGAACACUAUAAUAUUAUUAGUGCCUUGCAUAAGAGUAUUAGAGGAAGUGAUGCUAAUGCAGCUCUGUAUUGGUUGGGGCGUAUGCUGGAAGGAGGUGAGGAUCCUCUGUAUGUGGCUCGCCGUCUAGUGCGUUGUGCGAGUGAAGAUAUUGGCUUGGCAGACAAUACUGCUCUCCCAUUAGCCGUGGCAGCAUACCAAGCAUGUGAAAGAAUCGGUAUGCCUGAAUGUGACACUAUUUUGGCUCAUCUGGUCACCUACUUGGCUGAAACGAAAAAGAGCGUGAGGACAUACAAGGCGUACAACAAGGUUAAACAAACCAUUAGAGAAGAACCAAAUCAUCCUGUACCAUUACACAUUAGAAAUGCACCAACUAAACUUAUGGAGGAUGUAGGUUAUGGAAAAGGUUACAAGUAUAAUCCUGACUAUGAAGGACCAGUGGACCAGACAUAUUUACCAGAUGCACUUAUUGGGCGAGAAUUUUUAGAAGAUAAAUAA